AUGACUGCUUUUCUCCCGAAUUAUAUUAAUUUAAUUACUUGUAAAAAGUGCAAUGAUUUAUUUAAAAAUCCAGUAACACAGAUUUGUGGUCAUACAUAUUGUCAAAGUUGUAUUAAUAUUUUUAUUGAUAAAAAUGAAGAUGAUUCAUUAACUAGUAUAUGUUACGAAUGUGGAUAUGAGAAUCGUUAUCAAAAAUGUACUCCAAAUGUAAAUAUUGCUAUAAAGUCUUUAGUUGAAAGUUAUUUAGAAAAUGAAGGGCAUUUAAAGACAAAUAAAAAUGAAUCACAAAUAUCUUGUUCAACAUGUAAAGUACCAUUAACUACAAGUGAAACUUUUACAUGUAAGACAUGCAACCAAUUGGAAAAUUUAAAAUAUAAUUUUUAUUGUGGAAAUUGUGGAUGGUCAUCACAUAAAAACCAUGAAUUUAUUCAAGUAGAAUUUAUUACCAAUAUUGAGAGAGAAAAAUUAAUGCAAAUGUUAUGUGAUGCGUUUUUGAACAUUCAAAACAAUCAUAUAAAACUUUCAAAUACUCAAAAUGAUAUAAUAUUAAAACAAAAUUAUUUAAUUAAAUUAGCCAUUGAUAGUACAAAAGAUUUUAAAAGUUUAAUUGAAAAUACACUUAAGAAAGAUAAUAAAUUGGAAAUUUUUUCUAAAAUCAAAUCUGUUAAAGAAACAAAUUUAAAUAUAAUUUCAUAUGCAGUACAUAAUUUUAAUGAAGUUAUGCGUCUAGUCAAUUUUUCAAUCAAUGAUUUAGAAAAUUCACUAAUACCAAUUAAAAAUAAUUGUAUUAAUUUAAAUAGUGCCCAAAAAAUUAUAACUAAUUGUCAAAAUGAAAUAGAAUAUGAACCACCAUAUAAAAAAAAAUAA